AUGGAGGUGAACCAAAUACUUCACAUGAACAAAGGAGAUGGCGAGAAUGGUUAUGCUCAAAACUCCCAAGUGCAGGGCAAAAUAUUAUCGGUUGCAAAGCCAAUCAUUCAUGAAGCCGUGCUAGAAAUAUUGAGCUCAAAUAAUAUAGAGAGCAUGGGGAUUGCCGAUUUGGGUUGCUCAUCUGGACCCAACACCUUACUGCCCAUCUCCUACAUCAUGGAUGCCAUACAUGCGAAACGCAGCAGCCUCGGCCUCCAGCUGUCCCCAUCAUCAACAACAGAGUUCAGAGUGUACCUCAAUGACCUCUUCAGCAACGACUUCAACGCCAUUUCUAUGUCACUCCCUGCAUUCUACAACAACUUGAAACAAGAGAAAGGUCCUGAAUUUGGGUCGGUCUUUGUUUCUGCGGUACCCGGUUCGUUUCACGGUAGGUUAUUUCCGGCCAAGACUUUGCAUUUUGUGCACUCUUCUUGUAGUAUCCACUGGCUCUCUCGGGUCCCCCCUGCCCUCAGCAACACCCCGGCGGAGGCAGCUGGCUCGGCCUUUAACAAGGGAAAGAUUUACAUUUCUAAGACCAGCCCUCAAUGCGUUUUGGACGCAUAUUCACUUCAGUUUCACGAAGACUUUUCAUCGUUUCUCAAGUCCCGCGCUGAAGAAGUAGUUGGCGGAGGACGAAUGGUGUUGUCACUCUUGGGCAGGCCUUCCUCUGAUCCCACAACUCCAGAGAGUUGCGACCAGUGGGAGCUCUUAGCCCAUGCAUUAAUGACCCUGGUUUCUGAGGGUCUUAUUGAAGAGGAAAAGGUUGAUGCCUUCAACAUUCCCUAUUAUGCCCCAUGUGCAGAGGAAUUGAAAUUGGAGGUACAGAAAGAAGGGUCGUUCGUAAUGGACCGUGUGGAGGCGUUUGAAAUGGAUCGGGAUGCCAGUGGUGGUGAAUCUGAUGAUAUGGUGGCUAGUGGGCAGCGAGUGGCCAAGAGCAUACGAGUCGUGGCUGAGUCAAUGCUAGAAUCUCAUUUCGGAAAAGAUAUAAUGAAUCAUCUGUUUCGAAAGUACGCAGAGCUCCUGGGGGAUCACUUGUCAAAGUUUAGAACCAAGUAUACCAAUUUGAUCAUUUCAGUCAUCAGAAAGCAAUGA